GGGAACAUGUGACGUAACAGGUUCCUUCCUCCCAAUUUCCCAAUCUAAUAAUUGUUUUACAUAUAUUCUAGUUACUGUAUUAUUCUGUGGGAUCCUUAAUUUUAUUAUUUGCUUCACCAAACCGUCUUAAUCCCACGAAAGUUACAUUUUAAUCAAGAAAAAAACACAUGAAAAUCCUUUUUCACCUUAUAAAUUAUGUCAUUAUAUAAAAAGCCUAGUAAUCAAUUCCUUAUUUCUAAGGAAAAUUUGUAGAUAAUUCAAUUUAAGAAAGGGUUUAUCGUGAAAGAUAAUUUUAGCAUGAUUGGUUAACUUAUAAAUGUGGCUUAAAAUAAGGUUAGAUUAUUUUUAUAUAUACAUCUGUCAUCGCAAAAAGAGGGAAAACAAAAAAUAAGAAAAUUGUGGCUGGACGACUCAGCAAUUCGUCGUCUUCUUUCCAUAUAUCUUGUUUAUUAUUUCAUAACUAAUCCACUUCGAUUCUGCUUUUUAUAUAAAGUUGAGGUUUUUGAGCUAUUUUUUCUCCUAAAGGAUUCCGAAAAAAGCUUAGACCUUUUUGAUCUGAUACGUAUCUAUAAAUCUGGAAAGGAGCUGAGAGUUUCAAGGGGUUUUAAUUUCGCUGAGAAAACGUUUAAUUAUCUUUGUCGAGAUGGAUUGUGGUAUGGAGAAUUGUAAUGGUGGGAUCUCAAACGGUGACGUUUUGGGUAAGCAUGAGAAGCUCAUUAUCGAUACAGACCCAGGAAUUGAUGAUAGCAUGGCGAUAUUGAUGGCGUUUCAAACACCGGAGCUGGAGAUAUUAGGAUUAACUACUGUGUUUGGUAAUGUUUCUACACAAGAUGCUACUCGCAACGCUUUACUCUUGUGUGAGAUUGCUGGCUUCCCUGAUGUUCCCGUUGCAGAAGGAAGUUCCGAACCUUUAAAGGGUGGAAUUCCGCGUGUUGCUGAUUUUGUGCAUGGUAAAAACGGACUAGGAGAUGUCUCUCUUCCUCCUCCGAGUAGAAAGAAAUCUGAGAAAAGUGCAGCUGAGUUUCUAGAUGAGAAGGUCGAAGAAUAUCCGGGUGAAGUCACCAUUCUCGCCCUCGGACCUCUAACCAACCUGGCAUUAGCCAUCAAACGCGAUAGUUCAUUUGCGAGCAAGGUGAAGAAAAUUGUUAUUCUUGGUGGAGCUUUCUUUUCUUUGGGAAAUGUCAAUCCUGCAGCUGAGGCUAAUAUAUAUGGUGACCCGGAAGCAGCUGAUGUUGUUUUCACAUCUGGAGCGGAUAUCACUGUUGUCGGUAUAAACAUCACAACCCAACUUAAACUAUCAGAUGAUGACCUCUUGGAGCUUGGUAACUGCAAGGGGAAACACUCUAAAUUGAUAAGCGAUAUGUGCAAAUUUUAUAGAGAUUGGCACGUCAAAUCUGAUGGUGUUUACGGAGUGUACCUCCAUGACCCAGUCAGCUUUGUGGCUGUAGUACGGCCUGAUUUAUUCACAUAUAAGAAAGGCGUUGUUCGGGUGGAGACUCAAGGGAUAUGUGUUGGCCACACGCUCAUGGAUCAAGGCCUCAAGAGAUGGAACGGAAGCAAUCCGUGGGUGGGAUAUUCACCGAUAUCAGUUGCUUGGACGGUUGACGUAGAAGGAGUUUUGGAAUAUGUCAAAGCAAAGCUGAUGAAGCCAUAAAAGAUGAGUUUCAGAGCACGUUAGAGUGUGAAUAUUCAUUUAAAAUGGCAUCAUCACAUUCAUCUCUUCUGGUUCUAACCGGAAUCUUAUAUUCAUCUCUGUAUUUGAUCUGUAUAAAUGCUAUAUUCGAUUAAAAGAAAAGACUAAUGAAUGAAAACUAUCUUCGUUUUCUCUUAUCGAUCUUUGUUUCUUUCC